GCCACUUCCGUCCGGAUCAAAAUACAAAACUAUCCGUUCGGAAUAUAUUUGAUCAAAGUUCAAACUCCAGCAGAGAGAGAAAGGUUAUUUUUGUGCUUUAUAAAAGAAAUUUUCCUUACGAGAAGAAACACUUUAAUUUGCCUUUAAGAUGGCCACUAGACAAAGAGAGAAAAUGGAUUUCUCGUUCUCCUUUUUCGAGGAGCCUCUUCAAAUUGGAGUUGUUUUCAUGAUGACUGGAUUGUUCAUCUUCGGACACACGAUCGGAAUACUCCUCUCAUUUUACAUUCUCCUUACUCCAGUCUACGGUUUCAUGGUCAUUUAUUUGUUCUGGACUUAUUUCUUUGAUUUGAAAACAUCUUCCAAAGGAGGAAGGAGGUCCGAGACAUUUCGCAAGCUGAAAAGCUGGGAGUAUUUUCGAGACUACUUUCCCGCGCGACUUGUCAGAACAAAGCGGUUGGAUCCAAGAAAGAACUACAUUCUCGGAUACCAUCCUCAUGGAAUCAUGUGUGCGGGAGCGUGGGUUAAUUUUGCCACUGAAGCCACCGGAUUCAGUAGACUCUUUCCGGGCAUAAAAUCACAUCUUCUCACCCUAACUUUGAUGUUCAAAUUUCCACUGUGGAGAGACUUUGUAAUGGCAGGUGGGGUUUGUGAUGUCUCUAAAGAAAGUAUUCGUCAUAUAGUGACUAAGCAGGGGACUGGAAAUGCUGCAGUGAUUGUGAUUGGUGGAGCAGCAGAGUCUCUUGAUGCCCGCCCUGGAUCUUACACUCUGACCCUGAGAAACAGGAAAGGAUUUGCUAAAUUGGCCCUACAGACAGGAGCAUAUCUUGUUCCUGUGUUUUCCUUUGGUGAAAAUGAAAUAUUUAAUCAAGUCGACAACCCAAGAGGUUCAAGACUGCGAGCUUUUCAAAACAGGCUGAUGAAAAUACUGUCCUUUGCACCGCCACUGUUUUUUGGGAGAGGAAUCUCACGCAUGUUGCCCACGUUUAUGCCAUACAAAAGACCAAUAUGUACUGUAGUUGGUGCACCUAUACCAGUAAAGAAAGCUGUUGCAAAUCCAAGUGGACAACAAAUAAACAGACUACAUAAGAAAUACGUUCGGGGACUCAUUAACCUUUUUGAUGAGCAGAAGCACAGAUAUGGCCUGCCAAGAAGUGUUAAACUGCGAAUUGUGUAGAUGGGGAUUGUAGAACAGCUGACUAUGAGCAUAGAGCUCUAUUUUCUCUUAAAUUAAGUAAUAUUCUGUAAGGUCUGAUAUACCAGACUUCAUGUCCCUAGAGUAAUGUACUCAGCCAUCUAUCAGUUUUACAUGUAAGUUUACAUGUGGUCUUGGAGACUGGUGUGUUUGAGUCCAGGAUGUCAACAUGGUUGUGUUUUCUGUAGUGAUGAGUUAAUAACACUGCCGGAAAAAUAAUUAUGAACAUUGUUUUCCCUCAGUAUCCAGAAGAAAGGCCAUAGUGACAUUCAAUUUGACAUUCAACUUAGUAGAAGUCAAUGGAUAUAUUGUAACCCAGUGUUUUGCAGAUACUUUUUUUGCCUCAUGAAAUUUAUAUGGCAAAGUAGAAGAAAACAUACAGAGAAAGCCAAAAUCAAAUUAAAAUUAGGGUUGUGAACUUUUGAGGGAGAAACCUCUUUCAUUAUUGUCCCCUUUUUGGCAAAUAAGCCUUUAAAAUACUUUUGAUCUCAAUUUACUAUUUAAAAUAUUAUAUUUGAUUUUUAUACCAGAAAACCUUUGGUAUAGUUUAUAACACAAAAUUUUGGUUUUGAUAUAAAGAAGAGUGAUCAUUAAUAUAUUAAGAUUUUUUUUGUCAUAGAGUCAUAUUUGUACAAUAAGUUUAUUUAUAUUUGUUCAAGAAAAUAAAGAGGUUGAAGGAA